AUGGCGAAGGACAUCCCCUCGAUCCACGCCCUCGACAAGCCUGAGAGGCUCGAGGACCUCCUACGCCAAGACCGCGGCGACGACUGUCUGGGCUGCCGCAUCGUGGGCGGCGGCGCGUUCCUCGGUUUGGCAGCCUAUAGCUACUUCUCAGGGCACUCCCAGCUCGAGAAGCAACAAGCACAGAUCCUGGCCAGCGGCUCACGCUUCGGCAUGCGCAGCAGACGGCUCGGCAUCAACAUCAUCUCGCUCAGCCUGGCGUGGUUGGGCGUGUGGCGAUUGACGAAGUAA